AAGAACUGUUCUUUGGUUAUUGCGUGCGCGUGGUCUCACGAGGUGGAAGCAGCCCCAGAAACUGUUUUCAAACGUGGCUUGGUUACAGCUGGGGCCCGGGUGGCAGCGGGACCCGUGUCGCUCUGGAGCGGGCGGGCGGGCUCUCUGUGCCGAGGGUCCCAGCGGUCCCGGUUGUAACGCAGCCCCUGGGCUCAGUGACAAACCCUGUUGAUAAAGAGCCGUUGAGAAGAGAGCUCUCGGUGCUGACAGAAAGGACGUGUUGCUGUGUCGUCUCCAGCCUGGACAGCAGGGAGUAACCUUCAUUUUUUACAGUUAAAAAUACCUGCUGCUUUCGAUGGGGAGGGAUAACAUCUAGCAAAAGAACUCUAUUUAAAGUUCUAAAAAUCUUCCAUGCCAAACAAUACAGUUCGUGUGUACACAAAAAUAAUUCACUUUUCCUUCAUUAAAACAAAGAUUUUCUGUUUUCUAACGUGAACCCUGAGAGCAGCGUGAUGACCUCUGUAAGAGGCAGUCGAAACCCCUCCGGCGCGCACCAAACCUGCAGCUUGGACAAAGGUUACCAACUUUAUCAUCUUCUGCAAAGAUAACUUGUCUUGACUUGGACUUUAAAAGAUGUAUCUGUUAUAUCUGUUAAUGAAAAAUCCUCGUGCAGAUAAGGGGUAAAAUUCUGAUUUUGUUUCUGCAAGUGGCCCAUCCUCACCCGUCCUUGCUUAACCUCAUGGAACGUGGGCUGUGGUCUCUGUUGGUCUCUGUUCCGCUGUUGGUGACUAGUUCAUCUCUUCCCUGUGCAGAGUCCUGUUGGCUCAGAGAGAUCAAUUCGCUUAGGCUGGAAUGGCCUUCAGAUUCAUUUUCACACACGGCAAUCUUAAAAUGUGAACAGGCAGCUACACUGGCGAGUGCUCAAUGGCCACCAGUCAAAUUCCUCUGGUGGAUACUAAUGCUGGUGUUGUUGCUUAUUCUCUGUUAGUGUAUAGAUUCUGCAUUAUUUCUGAUCAAUAGAUACAAGAUGUGAAUUUUAUCAUCUAAUGCAUGUGGAAAGUGAAAUUAACUUCUGCUGUUCAGACUAAUUUUUUGAGCAGCCUCUGCACAAUUUGUUGUCACAAAUUGCUUGAAACAACCCCUUUUAUAAAUGUUUUCUGUCAGAUGAGGUACUAUUGUGAAUCAACACACAUAUACUUUGUGCAUAAAAGUUUUGCAUGUGUAUUUAUACAUACGUGUGUGCAUAAAACUUGGGGUGGGUGAAUGGCAGCAAUAAAUGACAUAACCAGGCUAGGUCAUACGAGCCCGGUUGCUCACCGAACAGGUUCCGCGGGGAUUUCUCAGGCUGCGGUGAUCGCCUGGGUCCCUGCAAGUGCGCUUUGAAGUUUUUGUGGUUCUGUCGAGUGCUGCAGAUCUUGGACUCAUCAGUUAUGACGUGUGUUCUGGUGGCCUGGGAUUUGUAGGUGCACUGCGUGUCCACGAGCAUUUUAUCCACAGCCAGAUUUUAAUCACUUGAAUUUUAAUCUGUUUUGAUAGGAAUUCUGAGUCACCUCAUGUUAGACGUGUUGGCAGUUUCAGGGUGGGAACUUUCUCCGGGGUCACAGUGCAAUGAAGACGAUGUGUCAGGUCAGCAGUUUGUUUCCUCAGUGCCGUGGUUUGGGUUAGCGUGUGCUCUCCAGCAGCUCUGAGCACCCUUGGUUCAGAGGAGCGUGCCGGGCCCGAGCGGCUGUGCCGGGGAGCUGGGGGAGCUCUGGCAGACGAGCAAACCUCUGCUGCUCUGCCGCGGCCCCGAGCUGCCCCGUUCGGUGCCGGGGACGUGCUCAGCAGGUCAGUGUCCGCGGCUGUGCCAGCGCCAGAACCGCCCGUCUGAUCGGCUGCACCCAGCCCCGACACCGCGAUAGUCACUGGGGCGCUGUGGUGAUGCUAAAGGGCACACACCGUGUAGGAUACGUUUUGAAUCAUAACCUAUGGGAUUUUUUUGCCUAAUGCAAAGUGUGCCUGGUUGUGUUGGAGCUGAGGCUCCAGCGCUGGGGUUCGGUUUGCCCCGCUCUGGUGUACUGAUCCCACGUUGGUGCUGCUCGGUGCAGACUGCCCUGGGUGGCCAGAGCAGUCCCAGCCGGCCCGGAACGGUGACCCGGGCUCUUGGGGCUGCCUUUCUGCGGGACGUGGCCAGAGCCGGGCCUUCCCUGCUCUGGCACAGAACUCAGGGUGUUUCAGAAAUUGUUCCCCUUGAAGGUGUGAUUUUGAGGGUGUUCAAUUACUUGAAAGUAGUCAUUCGAUGAAGUAAAUAUAACUGGUUUGUGGGAAGUAGCUGUAUAAAUUGUUGAGUUGAACUUGCGUGGCAGUCCAACCACAGCCUGGUAGUGUCUGGAACGAAGGUUAUUUCCUUGUGUUGUUUCAAGCUAUUUCAAGUAGCUACUUUUUUAUCCUAAAACAUCAUGAAGAUUAGCUGGGAGGUUUGGGCUGGUCAGAAGAUCCUUCUCUCUGGCUGUCACAGCACUUGUUACCAGUAAGAUUUCCUAUUUGGAGUAAUAUGUGAUCUGUUUCUUACAUUUUGAAAGCAAAGCUAGUUUUAUUAUUUGCCUGUUUCCCUGUAGAAGCUCAUGUUACAGGCAGAUUAGCUGAUUAAUACAUUUUUAAUGAAGGACGAUACUCUAUUAAAGCAUUUGGCUGGGAUCAGUGGAGUGAGAAUAGAAAUGCAAUAUCGCACCAUGGAAGGCCUUUGGUUCUGACUGCUGCUCGGUGGAUUAAAUAGCGAGCGAGAGCUGCAGCACCGUUGCCCCAGCCCCUGUUCCCUGCUGAUGGUUAUGGGGUGAAUGGGAGCAGUUCUGCUCCAGGUCCUGUAGUGCUCACCUGCAGCUAUCAUCUCCUUUGUUGUUCCCACCAGCCCGUGCAAACUUAGGUGCCAAAUGCCUUUUUUGGCUGUAGGAAUUUCACUUCACAAAGAAAACCUUGUUUUCCACUUCUUCAGCUCUCUGACGUUGUUAGAGCCGUUCUCUAACCAUGUGCCCAUGGAUCAAAAGUCAUUCUUAAACCUCCCAGGGUACAAGCUGGGGGAUGGACUUGGGUCUGUUAAAUGCAGGUGGCUGCUUUGAUAGAGCCAUCAGAGUCCUCUGUGGGCUCUGGUUUAUUUUUGGUGGUUUGGAUUGCAGUCCUGCAAGCAUCCCUGCAGUUGCUGUAUUGGUACCUAACAGGGUGUCUUUGUUUCGUGCUUCGUUUUUAGUUUAAGAUCCCAGUUAUUGGCAAGAUGAGCAAUGUGUUACAGCUGAAGAUGGCAGAAUAAUUGCUUCUGUCUCUCCGGGGAAAAUGUAAUUGGAGGAAUUGUGCCUCUGCUAGCAAGUCCCUGUGGGGAACGCUCCCUCCAAGGUUAAUGUUGGACACGGUAUCUAGCUGCAGUUUAGGGAGUGCUCCUGUGAGCAGGCGUUGGUUUUCCAUGUUUCUUUGUCCAGUAACAUGUAGUAAACAAAUAAACCUAAUGAGUAUAGGAAAGCUUUUAAAAACGUGUCAGUUGGUGAAUAUGGGGAAUAUUGCAGCACUCUUCCUGCUCACAAGGAAAACAAGUGUCCUGUGGCUGGUUCGUUGUUGGAGCUCCAAGCGGAGUACUGGCUUUGAAGUGUUUGGGGGGGAUUCCCAAGGGAAUUUGGAGUCCGUUCUCAUGUUAUUGAGCAGGACGUUGGUGUGACUGUGUUUAUAACUGUGGCGCAGCCUGACACUCCAUUUGGCUGAUGGCGGGACCGGCUCGGCAGAUGCCGGGGUUGGGUGGCUGCCAGGUCGGUGCUGCCGCGGCAGUUUGGUGUGUACCGGCUCGGCAGAUGCCGGGGUUGGGUGGCUGCCAGGUCGGUGCUGCCGCGGCAGUUUGGUGUGUACCGGCUCGGCAGAUGCCGGGGUUGGGUGGCUGCCAGGUCGGUGCUGCCGCGGCAGUUUGGUGUGUACCGGCUCAGCAGGUGCCGGGGUUGGGUGGGUGCCAGGUCGGUGCUGCCGCGGCAGUUUGGCGUGUACCGGCUCGGCAGAUGCCGGGGUUGGGUGGCUGCCACGUUGGUGUGUACCGGCUCGGAUUGUUUGCGGUUACCUGCUUCUGGCGUUGCUUUGCUUUAAUGUGUAGUGAUGGCUCUUGUAAGCUUUCUAGAGUGAAGAGAUAUGGGACAAAACCAAAAUAUCUGAGGAUUGGGUCUUUCAUAUGUUUGCUUUUUAAAAUACACAGUUAAAUAUCAGUGAAACACCGCGCUGUAGCUUUUCUGUCCUUUAUAACUCCACAGACCUAGAGUAGGUUAGAAAGGUCUCUCUGACCUUGUGUUUUGUACCAUUUGAGUUUGGUUUGUGACCUUUGCUUAAAAUACCGGUGUUGUUGUGUUCUGAAGCAGCAAUCUGUGGGGAGGCCGGAGGAGGAGUUGUGCUCAGCUUCUUUUAGAUGGAUCUGUAACUUCGUUUUCAGGCCACUUUGGGUGACUCGAAGCAUUAAAGUCAUGCUCCCUGGGAGCCCAGGGUCUUGCAACGGUGUCACACGCAGUGGAGAAUUUCUAGUAGGAAUUUUUUAGUUGUUGUUUAUUGCCUUCAAACAAAUGCAGUAAAUGCUUUUAUCCCAAGGUUUGAGUUAUUCCCAAUUAGCUGGUGCUUGCCCUGAGGCAUGAGCAGACACAAAACCUGUGGAAUUUGCAGUGGAGUUUUCUGCCCUGUUAGUAAAUAAGCGCAAGCAGGCCUGCUGAAACUGGUGUUUAACGCUGUUUUCCUCUCCUCUACCUGCCCACAGCACCGCGCUGCGGGACCAGCUCCCGCGCCAGCACCGCAGCUGCCGGUGCCCAGCUCAGGAGGGUCGCUGGCGCGGGUGUGCUCUUGGUGGAGCCGGCUGCCCUGGGAGUGCACAGCGCCGUCCCCAGCCCACAGGGCCCUCCAGCUUUCCUUGCGGAGCUUGUGUGGCACGGAGUCACGCAGAUCUGGGUUUGUGAAGAGCUGCUCCUGUCUCCGAGAGGCUCCGUGCAGCUUUUCUUGUGCUGGAAUUCGCCCUGCUCAUUAGUUUCUUUUCCCGUGGUGUAUGUUCAAACAUUACUAAUUAUUGGUUGAAUCUGAACUUGAUGUGAGAGACGAUGCCAUCAGAGAAGUUCCUAAAGCCUGUUUAUUUGUAACUGUGUUAGCCCGUUCAGUGCCAGACCCGUAAAAGCAGUGUUCGUUUGGGGCUGUAUUGUUGUGAAGAGGGAAAGGGGUUGGAUCUUGCUUGUGACAAUGUUACCCCCAGCUCCAGCAAACCGAACCCUUACUUGACAGACUGUUACUUCAGCUCAAAUCUGAACAUAAACAGUGCACGCAAACGCAAGAAAUGGUCCGUCCCUCUUCUGAGAAUAGGUCCUUUGUAGAAUGGGCUGUUGCUUUCAUUUUAUUUCAACAUUGUUAAUAAAUAGUUUGUUUCUCCUGCAUGGUGUAGCCUUUUUGGUUCUUUUUUUUUUUAAUUGUGGUGUCUUUUUUCUCCCCAGAAUAGUGACCACUGCAAAAAUCAGUAGGAGCCGCAUCUCUUCUUGCCGAAUUUAAUUCACUUUUGGUUCUCCGUGCCUCGUGCCGCUGGGUGCGCGCUCUGCCCUCCUCCAUCCCCGCUGCCCCAGUAUUAGUUAUCUCCGCUGUGCUGUGCUCUCAGUUCUCCCGUCUCCUCUUUCACCCCGUGAUCGCUCCCCACCUUCCCCUGAACUUCUGACAUGGCGUUGACAUCCCAUCCAGCCCUUCUCCUGCAGACCAGGUGCCAAGAAACCCAACUCUGCACUGCUUUGUCACCCUGGCACUGCAGGACCCCUUCACCCUGGGCCCCAAGCCCCUCUCUGCCCUCUCCUGAGCACAGGGGCCUCUGCAGCCUCCCGGCCAGCCCCACAUUCGCCCACAGCCCCGUCUGUGCCUCCGGCAGUGCCACCAGGGUCCCCUCGGCCGCUGUGAUCCCCUCACAGCCCCGUCCGUGCUCCCGGCAGUGCCACCAGGGUCCCCUCGGCUGCUGUCCCCAAGGGCAGUGGCCGUACAGGCCAGCAGCGAUGUCCCCAGGGAUGGCAGCGCUGAACCCCGGGGUGCAGAGCCGGUGGCCCCUGCAUCGUGUGGAUCCGUGGUUGGUAAAGGCUGCCUGGCAUCCCUGCCGGGUGUGCGGUUUGGUGCCUUCCGCAGAAAGGGUGCCGGCCCUGCCUGCAGCCCGGGGCAGCCCAGCCGGGCAGCCGUGCCCGCAGGGAGCGGUUAGUGAGGUCUGCUCUGUCAGCCCAGUUCUCCAGCUGCAGUCCAGUUCUUGGAGGAGGUCAAGUGAAUACAACUAAUUUGAACUUCCCCCAGUAAACAACUGCACUGACAUUCCCACUAGCAUCACGGGCUGCUGCUGUGUUUUCUAUUUUAGGUGUUUCCAUUUAGCUAUGCAUCUAUAAUAAAAAUAACGCAGUGGUUUUUUGACAUCUCAUCUAACCCUUUGCAUGAUUAAUGAGUUCAUUAACCAUUAAUCUGUUAAUGAGUAAAGACUAAUAGGCUAAAGGCUGAAUCUCUGUGUGCCGGGGUAUGGGCUAUUUGGUUUGUCUCAGAGAGCAAUUCAAAGAUUGGUGGUAUUCUGUGUUUCAAGGACUGUGCAUGUGAGGGUGUUCGGCUCUGCGUCGCCAGCAGCCCCCGCGUCAGGUUUCAGCAGCGCACACUGAGUUCUGCCGUCACGUGUGCUUUACAGGUAUUUCACAGGGGAACCGAGCAUUCUGUCCUGGUCUGAAAGGGUUUUGUCUAGCAGUCAACCAGUUUGUGAUUGAAAACAGAGUUAUAUCUUUUGCCUGAGGAGACGUUCAGCACAGAGAAAAUGUGUCUGUAAAGCCCAAAGUAGGCACGAGGGUGAAGAGUCUGACCUGGCUAGCUCGCAAAGCUGAGGCACGGGUGGCGAAGGGCAGGAUUGUCCACGUCCCUCUUGGGAUUGAAAAAUAAAAGGAAAAGGUCAGUGUUUGUGUUGGCUGCAAGUCCUGCUCAGCAAGUCGGAGUUUGCAGGCGGUAAGAGGCAAGGCCAGCACCUGGUUCAGCAGCGCCUGCCUGGCUCACGAGGGACUGGAACCUCCGUGUCACCUGGGGCGCCCGAGCCCCGCUGCAGGUCGGGCAAGCGCGUCUGCGCCGCGGCCCCGUGCGACAAGGCUCUGUCCACACGGCUGCGGGGCCCACGCCGGUGGCUCCGAGAAGGGCUUGGUGCAGGCUUCUGGUUAAUGCUGUCCUUCCUUUCUCUAGCAUGUGAAAUACGAGGUUUUAUGGGGACAGAGUGGUAGUCGAGAAGGAACAAAAGGGGUAAAAGACAAGAAGCAAAGCAAAAUAUCACAGUGAGGUCUUCGGGUGCCUGAGUUGGAGCUUGAAUCUCGUGUGUCUUGCGGGCAGCGGCAGCAUGAUCUCAGAAAGGGAUUCGGAGACCACCUUCGAUGAGGAUUCCCAGCCCAACGAUGAGGUGAUGCCGUACAGUGACGAUGAGACGGAGGACGAGCUGGACAGUCGGCAGCCUGUGGUCGAAUCCGGACAAAACAGAAUCAACAGAGAGGAGAGCCAAGAGCCACUGAAAAAAGACUGCAGCUGGCAAAUUAAAGCGAACGAUCAACGCUUCUACGAACAGCCCCAGUUUAAGAGAACAGUAUUUCUGUGCUUCAAAAAAAGCAAAUACGCAGGAAAUGCAAUUAAGACGUACAGAUACAACCUUAUCACUUUUUUACCGCUGAAUCUGUUUGAACAGUUUAAAAGAGCUGCCAACUUCUAUUUCCUCGUUCUUCUCAUUUUGCAGUCGAUUCCCCAAAUAACGACCCUGUCAUGGUACACGACGCUGGUGCCCCUGCUCCUGGUGCUGGGAAUAACCGCGGUCAAAGACCUCGUGGAUGACAUUGCUCGGCACAGGAUGGACAACGAGGUUAAUAACAGGACAUGCGAGGUCAUCAGGGAUGGGAGGUUCAAAACCACAAAAUGGAAAGAUAUUAAAGUUGGUGAUAUCCUUCGUCUGAAGAAAAACACUUUUGUCCCCGCCGAUAUUUUGCUGCUGUCCAGCUCAGAACCAAACAGCCUCUGCUACGUAGAGACAGCUGAGCUAGACGGUGAGACCAACUUGAAAUUCAAAAUGGCACUUGAGGUGACACACAGGUAUCUUCAGGGAGAGAGCGCGAUGGCCGACUUCAAUGGUCUAAUUGAAUGUGAAGAACCUAAUAACCGACUGGAUAAGUUCACAGGAACGUUAUUCUGGAGAAACACAAGUUAUUCGCUGGAUGCUGAUAAGAUUUUAUUACGUGGAUGUAAAAUCAGGAAUACAGACUUCUGCCACGGGCUGGUCAUAUUUGCAGGUGCUGAUACAAAAAUAAUGAAAAAUAGUGGAAAGACGAGGUUCAAAAGGACAAAAAUUGACUCCCUUACGAAUUACAUGGUUUAUACCAUCUUUGUCGUGCUCAUCCUGCUGUCGGCCGGCCUCGCCAUCGGGCACACGUACUGGGAGCAGCAGGUGGGCAACUCCUCCUGGUACCUGUACGACGCGCAGGACUUCAGCCCUCCCUACCGCGGCUUCCUCAACUUCUGGGGAUACAUCAUCGUGCUCAACACCAUGGUGCCCAUCUCCCUCUAUGUCAGCGUCGAAGUGAUUCGGUUGGGCCAAAGCUACUUUAUAAACUGGGACCUGCAGAUGUACUACCCGGAGAAGGACACGGCGGCGAAGGCCAGAACCACCACGCUGAACGAGCAGCUGGGGCAGAUCCACUACAUCUUCUCCGACAAGACGGGAACGCUUACGCAGAACAUCAUGACAUUUAAAAAAUGUUGCAUAAACGGCCAAAGAUACGGAGACUGGCGGGACGGAGCGGGGCAGCUGCAGAGCCACCCGCAGCAAGUGGAUUUCAGCUGGAACAUGUAUGCAGAUGGAAAGUUCUUGUUCUACGAUCAUUAUCUCAUAGAGCAAAUAAAAUCUGGAAAGGAGCCGGAAAUUCCCAAGUUCUUUUUUCUGCUUGCUAUUUGUCACACAGUCAUGGUCGACACUUCCGACGGUCAGCUCAACUACCAAGCAGCUUCCCCGGACGAGGGGGCCCUGGUUACGGCAGCCAGGAACUUCGGCUACGUUUUCCUUUCCCGGACACAAAACACCAUCACUAUCAGUGAAAUGGGCAUUGAGAGAACUUACGAUGUCCUUGCUAUCUUGGAUUUCAACAGCGACAGGAAGCGCAUGUCUGUCAUCGUAAGAGAAUCAGAUGGGAGUAUCAGGCUAUAUUGUAAAGGGGCUGAUACGGUAAUUUAUGAGCGGUUGCACCCGAAGAAUCUGAAGAGAGAAGCUACAGAAGAAGCACUGGAUAUUUUUGCAAACGAAACUCUCAGGACCCUCUGCCUGUGCUACCGAGACAUCGGUCAGGACGAAUUUGAAGCGUGGAAUAAAAAGUUUAUGGAGGCCAGUGUAGCUACAACUGAUCGUGAUGAAGCUCUGGACAAAGUAUAUGAGGAAAUAGAAAAAAACUUGAUUCUGCUCGGGGCCACAGCUAUUGAAGACAAACUGCAGGAUGGCGUUCCAGAAACCAUUUCCAGACUUUCGAAAGCAGACAUUAAAAUCUGGGUGCUCACUGGGGACAAAAAAGAAACUGCUGAAAAUAUUGGAUUUUCUUGUGAACUCUUAACAGAUGAAACAAAAAUCUGCUAUGGAGAAGAUAUCAGUGCGCUUCUUCAAACCAGGCUGGAAAACCAGCGGAACAGCGCGGGGUCGAGCGCGUGUUCCUCUCUAAGGAUGAGCGAGCCCUUCUUCCAGGGCAGCAAGGAUCGGGCUUUAAUAAUCACCGGCUCCUGGCUGAAUGAAAUCUUGCUAGAGAAGAAAAAGAAGAAAAAGAAGCUGAAACUGAAGUUCCCCAGGACAGCAGAAGAGAAGCAGCAGCAGAGCGAGAAGAGGAGGAGGGCUGAGGCCCACAAAGAGCAGCAGCAGCAGAACUUUGUGGACCUGGCCUGCGAGUGCAGGGCCGUGAUCUGCUGCCGCGUGACCCCGAAGCAGAAAGCCAUGGUGGUGGAGCUGGUGAAGAAGUACAAGAAAGCCAUUACUCUGGCUAUUGGGGACGGUGCCAAUGAUGUAAACAUGAUUAAAACUGCCCACAUUGGCGUUGGGAUCAGCGGCCAGGAAGGGAUGCAAGCCGUCAUGUCGAGCGACUACUCCUUCGGGCAGUUCCGCUACCUCCAGAGGCUGCUGCUGGUCCACGGACGAUGGUCCUACAUCCGGAUGUGCAAGUUUUUAAGAUACUUUUUCUACAAAAACUUUGCUUUUACACUAGUCCACAUCUGGUACUCAUUCUUCAAUGGCUUUUCUGCCCAGACAGCGUACGAAGACUGGUUCAUCACGCUGUACAACGUCCUGUACUCCAGUCUCCCGGUUCUGCUGGUUGGCUUGCUCGACCAGGAUGUGAGCGACAAGUUGAGUCUUCGGUUCCCCAGUCUGUAUGUUUUGGGACAGAAAGAUUCACUUUUUAACUACAAGAAGUUCUUUUUAAGUUUGCUGCAUGGAGCUAUAACUUCAUUGGUGAUCUUCUUCAUACCGUAUGGAGCUUACCUGAAAACCAUGGGACAAGAUGGAGAAGCACCUUCAGACUAUCAGUCCUUCGCUGUCACGGCAGCAUCUUCUCUUAUAUUUAUCGUCAAUUUUCAGAUUGGCUUGGAUACCUCUUACUGGACGUUUGUUAAUGCCUUCUCAGUGUUUGGGAGUAUUGCACUUUACUUUGGUAUCACGUUUGACUUCCACAGUGCCGGAAUCCACGUUCUCUUUCCGUCCGGCUUCCAGUUCACAGGAACGGCUCCAAAUGCUCUGAGACAGCCGUACCUCUGGCUGACCAUGAUUUUAUCAAUUGCUGUUUGCUUACUGCCUGUGGUGGCGUGGCGUUUCUUAUCAGUGACAAUUUGGCCUUCAGAGAGCGAUAGAAUCCAGAAGAACCGCCAGAAGCUGCUGGCGGCGGAGCAGCAGUGGCGGCGGCGGCAGAGCGCGCUGCACCGCGGCGUGUCGGCCCGGCGCUCCGCCUACGCCUUCUCCCACCAGCGCGGCUACGCGGACCUCAUCGCCUCGGGACGCAGCAUCCGCAAGAAGCGCGCUCCCCUGGACGCCGUGCUGCACGGGACGGGGGCCGCGGGCGCCCCCCACACCAGCUGAGCGACAGCUUUUUAGCCCUCGGAUUGCACAAACAAAGAUUUUUUUAAAUGAACUCAAGAUAUUUUUUUAAGCAAACGGCAUAAGGAUAUGAAGACUCUUAUGCUUUAUCACAGGACUGCUGGAAACACACAAAGAGCAAGAGUUCUCUGCGGAGCUACUAACCCUUGUGCAACUGCUUUCUGUCCCACGUGGCAGUGCAGGAUGCGUGUGCUAGGGGACAAAACCCAGCAUCGCAACUUCGGUCUUGUGGUGCCUGGCACUGCAAGCUUUUCACAUUUUCGUGAUAUGCUGGUAUGAAACUGCAGCGACAUUUCGUCUUUAGUCUUUGAAAGCAAACUGCCAACAGCAGUUACCUGGUGUGCGCCGUUUCACUGACCCGCACAGUCCAACGGCAAAGCCCCGGCUCGGAUUUUAUUAGGAAUCCUGACGUUUAUAGGCAUGUGUUUAUGAACAGAUCCACCUGAUCUCUGCAACACUGCCCUUGGGGCUGGCAAAGUGUCUUCAUUUCAGUUUUAGGUACACAGUCAAUAACGGAUCAAUUCUUACAAUGCAAAGAGUGUUUGUAUGAGUCUCCUUACACUUGCACAUACUGGGACUCUUCAGGUUGAGAUGUAUGAAUGUUUCACUUUUAUCUACUUCCAACUCCUGAACUAAGGUUGAUUAAAUCGUUUUAUAAGAAAAAUGUCAUUCAGCUCUUGUUUAAUGGAAUGUGCAUUUCAGAAAUUUAAUACAAAUAAACAUCCUAAAGUUUA